AUGAUCAUCGAAUCAUUAAUACAAGGAGAUGUUUUAGUUAUUUUUGAAGGAUUAGAUGAGGUUCCUGUUCAUAUGGAUCGAUCUGAAUUAAUAAAAGAAAUAAAUGCUUUACUCGAACGACCAUUAGAUUAUGAUGAAAAGGCGAACAAGCUUUUUUAUUCAGUUUAUGAACAAAAGGAAAGCUGUGGUACUGAAGAUCCAGAUGCUGGCAAUCCAUUUAUUAUAACAAGUCGUAUUGAAGGAAAUUAUUUUGAUGAAAUAAAUUUUUAUAUUCCAAGAUUAACUAUAGAAGAUAUGUCUAAUGAUGCUCUAAGAUCGUUUUGUAGUUCCUACAUGGAAUGUAUAAAAGAAAUUUCUCUUAAAAACGGAAGAUUUAUCAGAGAAUACAAGAGUGAUCAAUUAUAUAACGAUAUUACGAAAAAUAAAGAUAUUUUCCAAUUGGCAAUUAAUCCACAGUUGGCCAAUGUAAUUGCUGCGAUUUAUAAUCAGUACGGAGAUAAAUUAUCGGAGAAAAGAAUUGAAGAAGUGCUUGGACUGAAUACGACUAUGAUAUGGUCAAUAAUGCAAGAACUCGUUGAAUAUCUACACAGUAAAGCUGAAGGAUUAACAGAAGAUAUUUUAAGAGAAAUAAUUAGAAAAUGUCUAGUAGGUAUUCAGAGUCAGUCACUUAUGAGUUCUGAAAUAAAAGUUGAGAAUUUGAUUUGA